UCGGGUGUUCCCGGCUUGUGCACUCGGCGGGCUUCGCUCCACCGGGGCAGGCGGCGGCAUGGGCGCCUCCCCAGUUUGCCGCAGCGGGUGACGCGCCCCUCCCGCGGGCUGGGAAGCCGUGGGCUCCGGCAGCGGCGGAGAGCGCGGGUCCGGCCGGGGCGGUCGGUGUCGGGACCGGGCCGGGUAGCCCGAGGGGAGCGGGGCGGGAUGGCAGGGGCUGCCACGCGCUGCCGCCAUUGGCCGGCGGCCGCGGGCCGGCCGGGGGAUUGGGUGGGAGCCCCGUCAGUCAGGCCGCUCCCGUCCCCCUGGCAACAGGCGGGGCAGCCGGCAGGACAGAGCCCAGGGGUUCCCGGAGCCUUCGCGGCUCCGUGGCCCGGGGCAGGACACGAUCCGUGCCCUGCCCCGCUCCGUUCCGUGCUGCCCCGGGCCCUGGGCCGGCGUGGCCCAGGCGGCUGAAGGCCCUGCUGCCGGCCUGGGGCGGGUGGCCAGUCUCAGCCCCUCGGCUUGGGUCGCUCUGGGUGUCCCGGGGCUGUGUCUUCAUUACCUUCUGACUCUCCUCUUUUUCUCUCCUUCCUCCCCUUCUUCCUCAGGCUUUGUGCGUGGGGAUUACUGGGUUUGGUUGGGGAGUUGGUUUUAUUUUUAUUUUUUUAUUUUUUCCGAAGUCGGUGAGAUCAUCCUGCCUGGAGGCUGCGGUGUGACAGAAAUGUUAAAUAGCACUCUGGCUCGGGGAGGCUUCCUCAGCUAAAUUUCAUAGUCGCCUGGCAAUCAGGUGGUAGUCUUUUAGAAAAUGAGUGCUUAAUUGAACCGGGAGUAGUAUUUCAGGGAAAUAGGCUAAAACCUAAAAGCAUAAGGUAUAUGUUAAAAAAGAGUUGCAAACCUUAAAGAAUAGGCCAUAGUAACUAUGAAUGAAGAACUACAGGAUUAAGUGUCAGGUUGAAAAUUCUAGAAAAUGUAAGCUGUUGGCAUGUGGACUCUAUCUCUUUGCAAGGGAAGAGUAAUACGAGUCAUAACUGGAUUUUGAUUUCAGUUUUUUGCAUCGUAGUAGUUAAUAUUCUUCAGCUUUUCAAUACUCUGAAAUAUUCUAGUGCAAAGUACCUCAUUUUUGAUUCAGUUAAUAUCUUCAACUUUCACAACUCUAAAACAUUUUGGGUACCAAACUACUUGGUUUUGAUGGCAUUUGAUAAAUAGGGAGAGUAGUUGUCAUCCAUGCAGUUAUGUUUAACAGAUGGGACAACUUCACACUUCUUACUGUUUCUAAGUGAGUCACUGAAGGAGUGUGACUAAUCAUCCUGCCAUAUAGUUGUCAACAAGAGUAUUUUUUUUCCUUAACUACCCACAAAAUCAAAGAUUUCCAGAUUUUCUGUACAAGAACCUCUCUUUUUGAACAACACUUUAAAUUUAGAUUGAGGGGGACUACAUGGGAUGGACUUCUUAUCUUAAGAAUGUAUAUCACAUUUUUUUUUCUGUGUAGCGAUCUAAUAAUGUACUUGGGAAGUCAGUUAACUUAGUAUGGUGAUUGUCGGGCAAGCAGCCUGCACGUGGAUUUAAGGCAUUUGUCUAACUAACAACCUCGGUGAAACGUUACUGAUUUUAUCAGUCCUCUUUCCCCUCCCCAUUGCACCUGUGUCAAGUUGUAAGUCACCCGGGACAGAAGCACUUCAGUAUUCAGUGCAGUAUGGUUUGGGUUUUUUCAUGGUAAUAGCAUGAUGGGUGUUGUCAAGGUAAUGAUAGUGCUGGCUUCGGGGGGUUGAGUGGGAACUGCUUUUGUUAUGAGGAAACCAGGGUAGUAAGAGGAAGAACUGGAUGAGAAAUUUGUGUUUAGAAGUGGGAUAUGAGAAGUGACCUGAUUUGGACAUAGCCCUUGUGGGAAAUCGAAGUCAGCAGUUAACUACAGCUUGUGAGGCUGAGCCAAGAGGGCAGCAUUGAUUAAAAAUUCCCCCAAACCUAAAUAUUACGUGAAUGGAAAAUGUCUUGAAGGGAAGAUACUCAGAUUUAAUUUCUUUUAAGUUGAAUGAGUUAGAGCUGGGAGAGAUUUUAAAUGCAUCAAAAUGUAGUGUUGGAUACACUACAGGAGGAAGAUGAUUGAUUUGAAAGAAGUGCUUAGAAGUGCAGUUACUUGGGGUAGGGACUUGUGGGGGGAAGUAACAUGAGGUGUGGAAAUAAAUGAGACCAAGGAUACAUCAGAAUGGAUCCCACAAAGAACAUAAGAAAGGACAGUUUGGCAUUAUCAUUAUGGAUCGCUCCCCACACCGUGCAGGAAAUGGCAAUGAGCAUGUGCCUUCACAAGAGCGCAGUCAUGGUGAAGGCGAGAGACAGCGGCAGCUGGAGCGCCUCAGCAGGGAGGAGGCCUAUUACCAGUUCAUUAACGAACUCAACGAGGAGGACUACAGGUUAAUGAGGGACCGAAACCUGCUUGGCACUCCUGGAGAAAUAACAGCAGAAGAGUUGCAGCAACGUUUGGAGGGGGCUAAGGAGCGUCUGGCAUCGCAGUCUGAUUUGGAUAACAGAGAAGGUGAAGAUUCUGAAGUUCUCGGGGAAAACUCAAACGGUGAUUCUUUGCUUGAAUGGCUUAACACAUUUCGUCGCACCGGAAAUGCCACUCGCAGUGGACAGACUGGGAACCAAACUUGGAGAGCUGUGAGUCGAAUGAAUCCAAACAGUGGGGAGUUUCGUUUUAGUCUUGAGAUCAAUAUAAAUCAUGAUCAUAACAGUUUUGAAACUGCUGGUGAGGAGUAUGUUGACAUAGAUGCUACCAGACUGUAUUUAGAAAGAAGACGCCAGCUAGGUGCCAGCUCAGUAACCCCAAGAACAAGGAACAUGGAUGCAAGAGAGGAAAACAACGAAGCUGCAAGGACCAGGCUUUUACGACGUGCCAUGGCACUAAGGUCAGAAAUCGUCUCUCAUGCAGUCUUGGGCAGGCUUAGGAGUAGAACAAGGGAGCUGACAGGCCAGACAAAUACUACACGAAAUAAUUCUGCAGCUGCUGGUGAAUCAAGAGGAAUGCCAGAAAGAGGUACUUCUACAGGAGUCAGAAGGGGAAGAGCUAGAACUAAUGUCCGGACGAAUACAAACCAAAGACUAGAAAUUUUGCGGCUGAGGUCUACCUUAAGUAGUCGAAGCCGCUCUCCUCUGCAAAGGCAAGGUGACACUGCUCAUUCUGCGGAGCGUGGUCAGAGGCGGGAUAGAAAUGCACAGCAGUUCAACAGAAGUAGGAGACAAACAGCUCAGGCUUCUCCACACCCUACUGAAGAGCAAGCAAGAGGUAACACUCAGGCUCCUCAGCUUCCCAGUGUAGCCCCAUCCUUGGGAAUAACUUUGGAAGAGGAAGAAUCUAGUAGGCCAGCAGCUACUGUCAGAAGGCAUCCAACAAUUACAUUAGAUCUUCAGGUGAGAAGAAUUCGUCCUGGUGAAAACAGAGACCGGGACAGCAUUGCCAGUAGAACUCGUUCUAGAGUAGGAAUGUCACAAAACACCGUUACCUUUGAAAGUGACAGUGGGGGAUUUCGGCAUACAAUAUCACGAUCAGAACGCGCGGGUAUUCGGACCUACGUUAGCACUAUACGGAUACCUCUUCGUCCGAUUUCAGAAACUGGGCUUGGGGAACCUUCAUCAGCGGCUCUUCGAUCAAUCCUUAGGCAGAUAAUGACAGGCUUUGGAGAGCUGAGUUCUUUAAUGGAAACUGAAUCUAACUCAGAAGUGCCAAGAGGAGGUCAUCACUUAGCAAAUGCACAGGGUAACUCAAGUUCAGCAAACGACAGCGAUCCAAGUGAGGUUUUGUCUAGAAAUGGACAUGCACUAGAACGCAGUGGGGAAAGAAAUGGACAGAGGGAUGGUAGUCAGCGCUCUGGGCACAGUCAUGAGAACCAAGGUAACAGGCAUUCUCAAGAUGCAAACAAUUUAGUGGAGAAUGGAACACUGCCCAUCCUUCGACUCACCCACUUCUUCCUGCUGAAUGAAGAUGAUGAUGAUGAUCGUUCAAGAGGUUUAACCAAAGAGCAGAUUGACAAUCUUUCUACACGAAAUUAUGGGGACAAUCUCACUGAAAAUGAAUGGAGUAAAACGUGCAGUGUUUGCAUUAAUGAAUAUGCAACGGGGAAUAAACUAAGGCAGUUACCUUGUAUGCAUGAGUUUCAUAUUCAUUGUAUUGAUCGCUGGCUUUCUGAAAAUUCCACUUGCCCAAUUUGUCGGCAGCCAGUUUUGGGGUCAAAUGCCACUGAUACAGGCUAGAAUCGUUUUUACUGCUCAGCAUUCAGUGAUUUGCUCCUGCUCUGUUUGUAAUGAGCCAGAUGAAAGGCAUUGACUCAGAUAGGGUCCAUUUGUGGGGGGAGUUUGUUAAAUUUCUUAAACAGUGAUAGGAAAAUUGUCUAAAUCUAACAAUGUAAAUAUUAUUUUUUUCCAAGUGCAGGUCUAGGAGUACACAUAAAACCAAAUGAUAUUGGUAAAGUUUAUAUUUUUUUAGGUAAUUUUGUUAUGCUAAGCACUUUCGUAAAUAGAGAAAUGCAAUAGUUAAUCAGUCUUGCUUAAUGUAUGUUUUUUAACAUUGUAAUGGACUCGCUUUAUUUAGAUUACAAAUGGUUUCACACAGACCCACCACUGUGUUGAAAAAUUAGUGGCUACAUAGCCAUUUGUUAGCUUUUUGUUCUAAGAACAAUUUCUUUUACAGAAAGUGUCUUGCUGGACAUGUUUGCUAAAGAUAUUUAAGUUACUUGAAGUGCUCAUUUUAAUAGACUUUUUUUAAACAUUGAAAAAUCCUUUCUAAAAACUUGCUAAUUUGGUUCAGUUUUAAAAAUUCUAUGGCAGUUUUUGCAUGUUGGUUUACACAGUUCUUAACGUUGAUAAGUUCUUAUUCAGAUGUGGAUGCAUUGGUUAUAAUAAAAAAUGUACAUAAUUAAAUGCUGUCUUUGACAAUCUUUGUCUUUUCAAUGCAGACAGCAAUCAAAUCUCGUAAUUCCAAGAGGGUGUGUCUUACUUGCUCAAAGAAUAAAUGAGCACUGAGGAAGCCUUUUUACUCUUCUAAAUUACUCAAUUGAUAUUCCUGGGGUUUUAACUGCCUUAGUUUAAAGAGGGAAAAUAUUACCUUGACUAUUAUAUUGUCUAUAAUAUGCAUGUUUUGGGCAUCCUACUCAGAAGAACAAAACAAAUUCUUGAAGUGCUUUUGCACAGAAAUUUAAGGUACAUGUAUUUUAUUAAUCCUCGUGAAACAUGCCUGAGGACAUGGCAAAAGACAUUAAAAAGGACAAAAUAAACUUCCCUGAAAGUCCCCAGUAUCUGUAUAAUUAGGUAUUAAACUUUAUACCAAUGACUUACACUGAAAUAAAGUUGCAAGUUUAAUAAUUGACGCUUUGCUUGAAUUACUGUUGAGCCAUAUCCUGUAGAUUACCAAGAAGACUGGCUAAUCUUGAUGCUCAGUUUUCACUUUAUUCUUUCCCCACUUUUCCCCAGCUCUGUUCCAGGCCAGUUACUUGUUGCGGUAUGUAAAAGCCCAGUACAAAGCAUUCCAGGAUUUCUGGGAGAAGCUUAAUAUUACAAAGCUUGUCUUUUAAGCAACCUGCAUCUCAAUCUCUAGAGAAAGGCAGAACUGUGUAAUAAUGUGGUGUGUGUGUGUAUUGUGAGCAACUGAAACAGUACUUGAAAUGAACAAGUUGUACUGGCUUUCUCUGCCUGCAGGUAGUGGCCUUAACAAAUGUGCUUCUGUGCCAGGUGCCUCAGUUAGAACAUCUGCUCAUGACAUCCUUCAAGGGUACCUACAAAAUCCCAUCUGAGCUACUGGAUGUCUACUUCAGUUUUGUGAGUGAAAAGCUUGUGUCAUAAAUUCCACAGAAGGGCUUCUAUUCAUUCCUAGAAGUAGUUCUGAGAAACUAUUAUGAGAUUUAGAUGAGUUUAAGGAUAUGAUUAACAUCUUUUCUGAUGUAAUUUGGGCUGUUAAUUACCGCAAAUGUAGGUGACCACUCCCUUGAGUGCUUCCUUAGCUGCAAUAAAGAGUGAAGAGAUUUAAAUGUGAUCAUCAGAGCUAGCUUAUUUUUUGACAUAUUUUUUUCUGUCACUUCUGUUAGCUCCUGAUGUUGACAAUAUAUAAAUUUAUGGAUGCCUUCUGCUACUUCCUUGUCUUCUUUUGGCUUUCUUUUAUAUUUGAAAGACACAUUUGUAGAAGCCUGCGUUUGGCUCACUGUUGCCUUGGCGGUCAGGUCCUUUAAGGUCAAUUUUAACUUUAAUCCUUAAAACUGUGACACUAAUGCACUAGAGCUAAAGGGAGAUUCUCUGUGCCUUCUUUCAUUCAAGUGGGAUUUGGUCUGUGUACAAGCACAAAUGGUUACAUCGUUCAAGCUGAUUCUGCUGGGCAGAAAAUCCUAAAGUACGGUGAGAGCUUUCUGUAGAAAUUGUAGGCUAUGGGAUAAGAAACAUAAAGACUUCUUUACUGCAUUUCUGUCCUGUCACAUGAGAGUUUGGAAACAAGUAUUUCCCCUCCACUGGAGAAGCAUGUAAUUUGUUACUCAGCUUUCCCAAGAAAUUGUGUUGAUGGGACCAAUUAAAUCCUAGUGAUUCAGUUUGGUAUUGGCUUCUGUUACCUUAAUUUCUGUGGUAAAACUUGAUUUCUCUGCCACCCCCACCCCCAAAACAUGUAUUUUUUUGCCUUGUCUUUUGGUGACAUUAAAAAAAUUAAUUUAUAUGGGAA